AUGAAAGCGGCCGCAUCCGCCGCCAAAGCAGCCAAAGAUGGCGCUUCCAACGCACCUGAUCUCGCGAAAAAGGCUGACCCAAAAAAAGCAAUAGCAGCGAUGGCUAAAGAGGCUAAAGAUUUAAACCCGACAAAUGCUGCUGCUCUAGCAAGCAAAUUUAUGGCCACCAUAAGUGAAGCUUGUGAAAAGUUUAUUCAAGGAGUUUUCAAGUCGCUUAGUCCCUCGCCAUCUGCUUUACCUGGAUUGGGUGAGGUCUCAACAAUGACAAAAUUAUUCAACCCCCUUGAAAUUGGUAAAGAUGUGGUGGACGACGUGCUAAAAGUUUUCGGUGGUGCUCCGUCAAAGCCCCCAAAAGACGCUAAAGAUGCUGCAAAAGACGCUAAAGAUAAAGCCGCUAACGGUACUGAGGCUGCUGGCAAGGCAGAUGCCGCUAAGGAUAAAGCAAAGCCUGAGGUAGGAAAUAUAGUAACAAAAGUCGAGGACGCAGCAAAAGACAUGAUAGGCGGAAUAUUUAAGACACCUUUUGGUUUU